AUGGGGAACGCAGAAAGCAUGGAGAGCCAGCUGGCGGUGAUCCGGGCACGAGCAGCGCCAGUUAAACUGCCCAUGCCGGACCCAGCUGAACUGGAGGAGAGAUUCUCCAUAGCUCUGAACUCGAUGAAUCUUCCUCCUGAUAAAGUGCGGCUGCUGCGCUGCUAUGACAACGAGAAGAAGUGGGAACUGAUAUGUGAUCAGGAGCGGUUCCAGGUGAAGAAUCCCCCCCACACUUAUAUCCAGAAGCUCAGAGGAUUCCUGGACCCUGCAGUCACACGCAAGAAGUUUAGAAGAAGAGUUCAGGAGUCCACCCAGACCCUGAGAGAGCUGGAGAUCUCUCUACGUACCAACCACAUCGGGUGGGUGAGGGAGUUUCUGAACGAGGAGAAUCAGGGUUUGGACGUGUUGGUGGAAUAUCUCUCCUUCGCCCAGUAUGCUGUCACAUUUGAUGGAGAGCUCUCAGAGCCCAGCAGUGAGGCCUCAUCAGUUGACUCUCCCUGGAGUCGCUCCAUUGAAGACCUCCAUGGGGACAGCAACCUUCCCUCCCCCUCCUCUGGAAACAACGUACCAAGAGCCUCACGCCAUUCUAUCAGCUCCACUCUAGUGACUCGGUCCAACACUCUUCCCAGCCGCCGAACGCUGAAGAACUCAAGACUGGUUUGUAAGAAGGACGACGUGCAUGUGUGUGUCAUGUGUCUGCGUGCCAUCAUGAAUUACCAGUAUGGUUUCAAUAUGGUCAUGUCUCACCCUCAUGCUGUGAAUGAGAUCGCCCUCAGUCUCAAUAACAGGAACCCAAGGACAAAGGCUUUAGUAUUGGAGUUAUUGGCAGCAGUGUGUUUGGUGAGAGGAGGUCAUGAGAUCAUCCUGGCUGCCUUUGACAACUUUAAAACAGUAUGUUCAGAGUCGAUGCGUUUUGAGAAGCUUAUGGAGCAUUUCAAGAAUGAGGAUGACAACAUCGACUUCAUGGUGGCCUGUAUGCAGUUCAUCAACAUCGUUGUCCACUCAGUGGAGGACAUGAACUUCAGAGUCCACCUGCAGUAUGACUUUACCAAACUAGCACUGGAUGAGCACCUGGAGAGGCUGAAACACACAGAGAGCGACAGGCUGCAGGUGCAGAUCCAGGCCUACCUGGAUAAUGUGUUUGAUGUUGGGACUCUGCUGGAGGAUGCAGAGACCAAGACGGCUGCUCUGGAGAGAGUAGAGGACCUGGAGGACAACCUGUCACAGAUGACAGAGCGUCUGCUGGACGUGGAGAACGAGGCCAUGUUGAAGAUUGUAGAGUUGGAGAAACAGCUGAUGCAGACCAACAAGGAGCUGGACCAGCUACGGGAAGUCUAUGCUAGUGCCAACACGCAGGUCCACACCCUGCGCCGGAUGGUCCGAGAAAAGGACCAGACAAUCCGCCGGCAGAGCCGUCUGGAUCGACAGGCCCAGGAGGCACAGCAGGCGGGAGGCCCUGGAGGUCCUCAACCCCAGAGAGGAGAGGGCGAUGGAGGGGUGGCAGACUCCACCUCCCCUUCACCUCCUCCAUGCCCCAGUCUUUCCCCAAGCCCUGAGACACUAGCAUAUCACAGCAUGGGACCAGGAAUGGGCGGAACUCCAGGCAUGCCAGCUCCACCCCCUCCCCCACCUCCUCCGCCAAUUCAGGACAGCGUGUCAAAUGGGCCAUACCCUGCACCGCCACCUCCUGCCCCCCCUCCCCCCCCUCCUCCCCCUCCUCCCCCCUGUCGGACCAGUGAACUCACUUCCUCCUCCGGCCUCAUGCCCCCUCCUCCCCCCCCAGUUGCCCCUCCUCUUCCUGGAUCAGGGGGGUCACCCACCGUCAUCUUCAACUCUGGACUGGCAGAUGGUCCUCUCAAGUUGUUCUCGGUGAAGAUCAAGAAGCCCAUCCAGACUAAGUUCAGGAUGCCGGUGUUUAACUGGGUCGCCCUGAAGCCGAGUCAGAUCAAUGGAACUGUUUUCAAUGACAUCGAUGAUGAGAGGAUCUUACAGGAGUUGGACGUGGAGGGGUUUGAGGAGUUGUUUAAAACUAAGGCUCAGGGGCCGGCAGUGGACAUUUCUCUGUCCAGGCAGAAGGCCCCUCAGAGGGGCCCCAGCAGAGUGUCCUUACUGGAGGCCAACAGGGCCAAGAACCUGGCCAUCACCCUCAGGAAAGCUGGUCAGGGGUCAGAUGUCACCUGCAGAGCCAUCCAGACGUUCGACCUGCGAGCGGUCAGGGUGGACUUUGUGGAGUGUCUGAUGCGUUUCCUGCCCACAGAGAGUGAGGUGAAGGUCCUACGGCAGUACGAGAGGGACAGAAAACCUCUGGAGGCGCUGAGUGAUGAAGAUCGCUUCAUGAUGCAAUUCAGCCGCAUAGAGAGACUCAACCAGCGCAUGUCAAUCAUCACCUUCAUGGGCAACUUCACUGACAACGUGCAAAUGCUGACCCCACAACUUCAUGCCAUCAUCGCUGCCUCUGUCUCCAUUAAGUCCUCCCAGAAGCUCAGGAAAAUCUUGGAGAUUAUCUUGGCUUUGGGAAACUACAUGAACAGCAGUAAGAGAGGAGCAGUUUAUGGAUUUAAACUACAGAGUUUAGACCUGCUCCUAGAUACUAAAUCAACAGACAGGAAGCUGACGUUGCUUCAUUACAUCGCCAACUUGGUGAGAGAGAAAUACCCAGUGGUGGCUCUCUUCUACAAUGAACUGCACUACGUAGACAAAGCUGCUGCUGUGUCUUUAGAGAAUGUGUUGAGUGAUGUCAGAGAGCUGCAGCGCGGCAUGGAGCUAACAUGGAGAGAAUACAGUGUGCACGGACACAACAGCACACUCAAAGAUUUCAUCAGCCGCAAUGAAUCACGUCUGCAGAAACUUCAGGAGGAUGCUCGCAUUGCACAGGAUGCUUUUGAAGAUGUGGUGAAGUUUUUUGGUGAAAGCUCGAAGAUCACGCCCCCCUCAGUCUUCUUCCCUGUCUUUGUUCGCUUCAUCAAAGCAUACAGGUUGGCAGAGGAGGAGAAUGAGCAGAAGAGGCGACAGGAGCAGAUGUUGCAGCACAAACAGGAACAGGAGGAGCAGCAGGAGGAGGAGGAGACCAAGUCUCCAUCUCAUCGAGGGCGUCGUCAGCAACAGGAAGUGAUAUCAGAACUGAGAAGAAGACAGGGCAAAGACAGUCGCCAUGUUUAUGAAGGCAAAGAUGGAGCUAUCGAGGAUAUUAUAACCGUGCUGAAGACCGUCCCCUUUACGGCCCGCUCAGCCAAACGCAGCUCCCGUUUCUUCUGUGAGCCCGCCCACACAGAGGAUCACUACUGAGAGAGAGGAGGGGCUGAGAUGUGGUUUGUCCAGCUGGCCACACCCACUUCAUGGGACCAAUUAGCACUUUGAAGAUCUUUGAUUAAUAUGAACUGAUGACAAAAUGUAAAAUGUUUUUGUUUAAGGUGAAGAAGAAAAAAAUGCUUGUUUGUUCAUCAGUUUGAUUUUUUUCUUUUAAUUUUUCUCAUGUUUGAUAAACUUUUAAUUUGUCUCGUGUUUGAUAAACUCGUAAGACACUGAGCUGGGUCGCUCACAUCUGACGGUCGGCAGAUCAGAGCUACUACAUGUUUACAAAACAUCCUUAGUAUUCCCAGUAUUCCCAGUAUACCAGAUGUACCCGAUAGACCCAGUGAACCCCGUGGACCCAGUAGACCAGUAACAUUUCUGUCCUCCAGCAGGAGGUUCCAAGUUCAGUUUCCCUGUUGACCAAUAGCUAUGCUGAUGAGGUGUCCUUGGGCAAAACAGUAAAUUCCUACCAACUCCAGAGGUUGGAGGUCAUGUGACCCUGACUUCCGACCGUUAGUGUUUUUUUUCUUGUUGGGGGGGGUGGAGUACUCCCUCAUUACUGUAAUUAGUAUAUCUCUGCUAACCGCUGGUGAAACAUCUGGCUCCUGGGAGGAGCAUCGAGCUCCCCAGCUUGAUGAGAGCCACCCUGGUUCCGCUUCUCAGCCAGGAAAGCGGGAGGACUGUUGGUGUUCUAGAAGGUCCAAAUGUCUCUUUGAAAUCAAAAGGCACCAUGGUGUUGAAGAGGAUUUAGACAGCCUUUAUGCUUCCUGUUUUAAAACUGGUUGGUCCUUCAUUGUGAAAAUGUUUACACUGACUGGUGGGGCACUGUGAUGGUGUUUUUGGGGUACCGAGGGAUUGUGUCUUUAACAAGAUUAUCAGUGUGCCGUGUCCCAUUCUUGUACAGCCUUUGACUUCAUUGUGUUCUCAUGUAUUUACUAGCUCUGUCCCCACGUCCCUGCUUUCUGUUCGCACACCGUGGCUAGCUUUCUCUGAGCCAUAGUCUAGAACAGCUGAAUAAAUAAAAAAUAUUGUAGGAUUUAAGAAGUCACACACUUCUAGUUGCAGAAAACAAAGCUGUCAGUCUGGUGUUCAGAGUAAAGAAUGAUGACUGGUCUUCUUUGCGAUCCUCCCGUUAGCCUGGUUGGUGUUUGCCCAUCUGGGUGAGCCAGCAUCACCUGAGCUACAGGAGGACACACGCCAAACAAAACACAGAGAAGAUAAAUGGUUUGAUCUUUAAUGUCUCUUUCAGAUUUUUUUGUUAUAAAAUGUUUGAAGUUAGAUAAUAGAUCAUAUUUUGUUGGUUUUCAACAGCUUCUUUCUACAUCAUCUCUAACUUCAUGAAUUCAGAUGAAACCAACCAACGUCUCCAAACUGCUUCCAGUCACUGCUGUGUAGUUUAUGAUAGACCAGUCGUUCUGGUUCUGAUGUAGUUUAUGAUAGACCAGUGGUUCUGGUUCUGAUGUAUCCUGUGAUUCUGAACACCGUCUGUCUCUCCUCUCCAUGUUCUCUGUUGUGACCUGACACCAAGAUGAAGAGACAGAUGGAUGGAUGGACAGACAGACAGACAGACAGACAGAUAGAUAGACAGACAGAUAGACAGAUAGAUAGAUAAAUAGAUAGAUAGAUAGAUAGAUAGAUAGAUGGAUGGAUGUCAUGUUUUCUAUCUGUGAUGGUUGCCAUGGUAGCAAGUGUCUGUCUAGAGUCCAGUCACCAGUCUGGGAGCAGAGAAGGAAUAGUCACUGAUGUGUCCUGAUAGACUUCAUCAGCAUCCUUUCUUUCUUUCUCCAUUCCAGCCUCUGUCCUUUACCCUUCCUCCUGCCUGUCAGCUUACCCACCUUCCAUUUUAGAAAACAAGCAUUGUUUCAGAUAAAACAAUUAAACUAUUAAAACAUGAAUUAAAAAACAGCACAACGUUUUUUUACGUGUAAAUAUGUUUUCUAGGAAUCUUGUACUGUUGCUUUGACCUUGCUUUAUGUUGAUUGGUGGUGAUGCCGUGCUUUUGUUGUAA